CAUGACAUUCACAUACGUGAUCGGUGGGUCACAAUCAUGAUCCUUGGAGCCUGGUGAAGGAAAAACAGGUUCAUGUACUAUCUAUGCAGAACACAUGGAGGAGGAUGAGACGACGCCAAAAUCACUACCGCCUUGGGUUGAGCUGGAAUAUGCGCACAUGAUCAUGUUGGCUGGCAUCAAUGGUCGAGUUGAGUUUACGCAUCUAUCGCACAACUCUGGUUUAUCGCUCGAUGCCCGGUUGUCCUCCAUCAAUGAACCCGCUGCCUCACACGAAGUCCAUACGAAGUCAGUCUUGGAGUUGUUGGAGCAAAAAUAUAUUUCAAUUACAAGGGUAUGUCUUCUUGACCCAAAAGCCCAAACAGCGCUCGCCCCAGAAGAUGGCAACAUUUUCGACUUAUUUCUUGUUUGGGGUGAGAUCAGUAUACCAGGUGAUGAUCCCCCUCGGGACAGAACAUCAGAGCUCCGCCAACUUGGAUUCCCUACGCGUCAUCUGGGUCCAACGCAGAUGACAACAGAUACCGCGCUCGGAGUAACAAAGCGGGUUGUCGAUGACAAAGUGCAGCUGAAUGCGAUACCAUACAUUGUGCGUCACACCGAAAUUCGCGGGCAUAACGAGCAUAGCCUAUCUUGUUUUAGGACUUUCCAACUAUCACAUUCAAUGCUAAAGAAAGCGUUGAAAUGCCUUUUCGGUAUAUUGUCAACGGCAAGGAACCCAUUUUACCCCCCGGGAUGCGGGAACUUCUGCACGAAGAUCUUAACAAAAGUUUUGACUUCUAAAAUCAUUACACAGACAUUGCCGUUAUGCAUGUCGUAAUAUGGAAAUUAAAUCUAUGUAUUUUGGCACAGAACGAGUGACGCUUCAAACGGGUUACCAAACUAACGAAGAAUAUUUGGUGAGGAAAAGGACGGAGCAAAGAGACUUUAUAACUCAGCGCAGAUAAAAAUCAGCAUCGUACCUGUCUAAAUGACUUCUUUCACCGCGAGAGAUGUAUUAAAAAGUACCUGACAGUACACCGUGGGUUGAUAAGUCCCAGGACAUCCAGUGCGUUCUCCGGAUGCGACCGAAGCACACCAUGAGCAUUCUUGGUACUCUCGCUCACCUUUUGCGGACUGUUAAAUCAGUCAAAUGGAAAGAGAGCGAAUAUUUAUAUCAAC